CAAACAAGCACUUCCUCGCAAACAAGUAAAUUGCUUCUGAGAUAUCGGUAUACAAUUCUGAAUAUUCAGGAACCGAAGAAAUGGCUUUCAACUUUGGUGGAGCUAGUCAGAAUAAGGGAUUAUUUGGACAAACGAGUACUCCAGCUACAACAGCAGCCAGUGGUGGUCUCUUUGGCUCUGGAGGAGCCAGUACAGGAUUUUCUUUCGGACAAAAUGCAGGAACUACAAAUCAGCCCACAGGAGGUGGUUUUGCAUUUGCAGGAGUUCCAAAAACAGGAUUUGGAUCCACACCAGCUGCGACAACUGCUCCCUCUGGUUUUUCAUUUGGUGGAGUCAGUACUAACACUCCAGCUCCAGCGUUUGGGUCUAGUGCUGCUAAUGGUGGCUUUGGUGCAGGCGCAAGUACUGCAGCACAACCAAAACCAGCAUCUGGAUUAUUUGGAACUGCAGCUGCUCCACAACCACAAAGCACUGGUUUUUCAUUUGGUGGUGCAAGUGCUCUUGGUGCAGCAAGUACUGGUAGUGGGUUUUCUUUCAGUCAACCAGCUACAUCUACUAUUGCACAGUCACAAUCAACUCCUACAUUUGGGGGUCUAAGUGGAACGGGUACAUUGACUGGCGGAAGCAAACCAUUUUCAUUAUCAGGAAAUGCAGGGGCAAGUACUGGACUAGGAGGUGCUUUUUCAUUUAAUAAGCCUGCUGCAACUGCAGCACCGGCAACAACAGCUGGCAGUGUUGCUGGAAUAACACUAGGAGCUGGGUUUGCUGGUCUAGGUGCACCUACCCAAAAAACAGUUGCUCAGACUACUCAGCCACCUGCUGGAGGAUUUAAUUUUGGUCAAGCUACAGCUGCGACAUCUGCUCCAGUGGCACAGACAAAUGUCUCAGGAUUUUCAUUACCCACUCCCAAAACAACAUCAGCGGCACCCGCAUCAACUACGAGUAGCGGGCUUGGCUUCGGUCUGGGAGCUAAACUAGGAUCUGCGACUUCGACUGCAACCACUACUCCAGCUCCAGCUGCUGGUGGGUUUUCUUUUGGCAAAACAUCAUCUACCCCUGCAGGGUUGAGUACGUUGGGACAAACUUCAACUGCAGCACCGACUCCUACCGUAUCUACAUCUUCAGCGUUUAAGCUCGGCGGAGGUAGUUCUUUGUUCAACGCGUCUUCAACUGCCCAGACUACUUCAGCAGCAACAGCGUCUUCAAUUGCUAGUACAACUGGCACUAGUAAAUUCAGUUUGGGUGGAACCUCCACUGCCGCAACAUCCACUACAGCUUCAUCCACAUCAUCAACGGUCACAGCACCUACAAUGAAAUAUUCUGAUCUUGAGAAGAAAGUAAAUACAUGGAUCACAGAACUUGAACAACAAGAAAAAUUGUUUUUGACGCAGGCGACGCAUGUUAAUGCAUGGAAUAGACUCCUGAUCGAGAAUUCUGAUAAGAUCACAAAUUUAAAUACUGAAUUUGAUGAUGUUGAGUCGAGUCAAAAACGUCUCAAUGCUGAGUUAGAUUAUAUUAAGACUCAGCAACUGGAGCUUGAGGAGUUACUCAAACCACUCGAAGAAAAUACGAAACAGAGAAUGUCCGCUCUCUCAUCAUCUGUCCACACUCAUCAUGCUGAUUUAGAGAGAGAACGAACGUACAAUCUUGCUGAAAAUAUCGACAGUCAACUGAAGAACAUGGCACAAGAUUUAAAAGAAGUUGUUGAACAUAUCAAUUCUACAAGUACACCUGCUAAUGCUAAUAAUCCGAUAUUACAGAUUGGAAAGAUUCUUUCUGCUCACAUGGACUCAUUACAAUGGUUGGAUUCGAAUUCCGCUUCUCUAAAUCACAAAGUUGAUGACAUAGGUAAACAAGUUGACAUGAUGAAAAAGGAACAUGAAAGCAAAUUCCGUCUUGCUUUCAAUUGAAUUGUAAAUAGCUGAAUAAACUUGAACGACCUAAGAAAGUGGCAAAGCAGAUCUUAAAUAAGCCUGCUCACCUCACAUCUAUCACUACCGGUUCUAAACCCAGAAGAUGUGUUGACCCUUCCAGCAAAAUGGAUAUGCUUUUCACUUUUUUACUGCCUGUUAAUCCUAAUGCCUAAAAAUAAGGCAGACUAUGGAGUAUAUACGUAUUGGUAUUAAAUGGACAUUUUUUGUUGAUUCUCCACCUCUCGCUUUUUAUGGUUUUUUAAACCCGGGAGGUCGAGCACCCUAAAUACACGAUAAUGAGUGAGCAGAGAUGCGAGCUAUCCAAUAUCCUAACGCAAAAACAUGAAUUAUAUAUAUAAAUAUAAGCAUAAUUCGACCAUUUUAUUUUUUUUUUCCACCAUCCAUUUAUGAUGGGAGUCCCAUCUAUAUCUGGCCAAGUGCUUUUGGACUGACAGGGCACUUGAUCAAUUACUCUAAUUAGCCACAGAAAAACUAUGUAAGUUCUAUUCACUCGUGGAGUCAUACCAGCAAUUCACAUACAUUUCAAAUAAAUCUUUUUUGUACAUUAUUUCCUCUACAAUAGAGUAAAAAUUGCGAGAUAA